CCUGCAGAUGAAUUCAAAGCCUUCCUGAAACGCUUACCCACUGACCGCUUCUUGAAUGUGUCCACGAUCGCCAAGUUCUGGACCUCUGAUUUGUCCCUCCAGAAGCGCUACGCCCAGCUGGAGUCCAGCACCGCGAUGGUCCUGGCAAAAGCCCAGAAGAUCGUCAGGAAGCUGUUCACCCUGAGCAAGCGCUGCCCUAAACAACCUCGCAUCAGUCUGCCUCGAGAAAGGCCUGUUGGGUUUUGGCUGAACAGGGCUCAGUCUCUGCUCUACUGUAAUGAGCAUGGAGUGCUGGGCUCCUUCUCUGAGGAGGUGAGGAGCUGUAGCUGCCCUUCGGACCAGCCCACCUGCCAGGGUGUCAUCCCGUGUGUCGUGGGUACCGUCUCCACCUCCUGCUCCCUGUGCGCCACUGACAACGCCACCCGCUGCGGAGCCUGUCACCAUGGCAACCUCCUCCAUCUGGGUUCCUGCCGACCGAGCAUCGCCGCGUCCCUGGACCAUUAUCUGAACUUUGACUUGGACAUGCCAGAUGCUGAGGUGAAGUACCUGCUUCAGCGACUGGACAGCAGAAUAGAGGUCCACGCCAUCUACAUCAGCAAUGACGUCCGUCUGGGAAGCUGGUUCAACCCGGCCUGGAGGAAGAGGAUGUUGCUGACGCUGAAGAGUAAUAAAAACAAGUCCAAUCUCAUCCACAUGCUCAUGGGCAUUUCUUUUCAGAUAUGCUCCACUAAGAAUUCAACACUGGAACCCGUGCCGGCGAUUUAUGUGAAUCCUUUUGGGGGAAGUCACUCAGAGAGCUGGUUCAUGCCUGUAACUCAGCCUGAAUUCCCUGACUGGGAGAGAACUCGAUUGGACGCCAGCGCCACAGCACAGUGUUACAACUGGACUCUGUCUCUGGGCAGCAAGUGGAAGUCCUUCUUUGAAACAGUGCACAUCUACCUGCGAAGCCGCAUAGUCACAGACGAUCCAACGGUGAAUGAAACUCUCUUCUAUGAGCCGUUGGACCUGGAUGACCAGACCUCCAACCUGGGCUAUAUGAAGAUCAACACGCUGAAAGUCUUUGGAUACAGCAUGCACUUCGACCCCGAAGGCAUCAAGGAUCUCAUUCUCCAGCUGGACUACCCCUACACGCAGGGUACACAGGACGCCGCCUUCCUGAUGUUGCUGGAGAUGAGGGACCGGAUUAACCGGCUGUCUCCACCAGCGCCGCAGCCGCUAGACCUGUUUUCUUGUCUGCUGCGCCACCGCCUCAAGCUGUCGGCCGGAGAGGUGGCCCGCAUCAAGGACUCCCUACAGAUCUUCAACUCCAAGCUUCCCAAUGCUUCUCCUGAACCUGAGCUGGCCCAGCUGUGCAGCUAG